CCUCGCGCCCCCCCCCCCGAGCAGCAGAGUCGCGCGCCUCCUCCUCGCCGCCGCCGCCGCCGCCAGUCCCCCAGGUGCAUCAGGAGAGGGGACUCCUCAGCCGCCGCCGCCGCCGCCAUGGUUGCCUUAUCGCUCAAGAUCAGCAUCGGCAACGUGGUGAAGACGAUGCAGUUUGAGCCCUCCACCAUGGUGUACGAUGCCUGCCGGAUCAUCCGGGAGCGAGUGCCCGAGGCACAGAUGGGCCAGCCAAACGACUUUGGCCUGUUCCUGUCGGACGAAGACCCAAAGAAAGGGAUCUGGCUGGAAGCUGGGAAGGCUCUGGACUACUACAUGCUCCGCAAUGGGGACACCAUGGAGUACAAGAAGAAGCAGCGGCCCCUCAAGAUCCGCAUGUUGGACGGCACCGUCAAGACCGUCAUGGUGGACGACUCCAAGACGGUCACAGACAUCCUCAUGACCAUUUGUGCCCGAAUUGGCAUCACCAACUAUGAUGAAUACUCUCUGGUAAGGGAGAUAGUGGAGGAGAAGAAGGAGGAGCAGACGGGCACCCUCAAGAAGGACAAGACCCUCCUGCGGGACGAGAAGAAGAUGGAGAAGCUGAAGCAGAAGCUGCACACAGACGAUGAGCUGAACUGGCUGGACCACGGGCGCACACUGCGUGAGCAGGGCAUCGACGACAGCGAGACGCUCCUCCUCCGGCGCAAGUUCUUCUACUCUGACCAGAAUGUGGACUCCCGGGACCCUGUGCAGCUCAACCUCCUCUAUGUCCAGGCCCGUGACGACAUCCUGAACGGCUCCCACCCCGUCUCCUUCGACAAGGCCUGUGAGUUUGCUGGGUACCAGUGCCAGAUCCAGUUUGGCCCUCACAACGAGCAGAAGCACAAGCCCGGCUUCCUGGACCUGAAGGAUUUUCUGCCCAAGGAAUACAUCAAACAGAAGGGUGAGCGCAAGAUUUUCAUGGCCCACAAGAAUUGCGGCAACAUGAGCGAGAUUGAGGCCAAAGUUCGCUAUGUGAAACUCGCCCGCUCUCUGAAGACCUACGGGGUCUCCUUCUUCUUAGUCAAGGAGAAGAUGAAGGGGAAGAACAAGCUGGUCCCGCGCCUGCUGGGCAUCACCAAGGAAUGUGUGAUGCGUGUGGAUGAGAAGACCAAGGAGGUCAUUCAGGAGUGGAACCUCACCAACAUCAAGCGCUGGGCGGCCUCCCCCAAGAGCUUCACCCUGGAUUUUGGAGAUUACCAGGACGGCUACUACUCUGUGCAGACCACGGAAGGGGAGCAGAUUGCCCAGCUCAUUGCUGGCUACAUUGACAUCAUCCUGAAGAAGAAAAAGAGCAAAGACCAUUUUGGCUUGGAGGGAGAUGAGGAAUCCACCAUGCUUGAAGACUCCGUGUCCCCCAAAAAGUCGACCGUUCUGCAGCAGCAGUUCAACCAGGUGAACAAGAUGGAGCACGGCUCAGUGGCUCUUCCGGCCAUCAUCCGCCCGGGCGCUGGCGGGCCUGAGAACUUCCAGAUGGGCACCAUGCCCCAGGCCCAGCAGCAGGUCACCAGUGGUCAGAUGCACCGUGGACACAUGCCCCCGCUGACGUCUGCCCAGCAGGCUCUGACGGGCACCAUCAACUCCAGCAUGCAGGCCGUGCACGCUGCCCAGUCCAACCUGGAGGACUUUGAGACGCUGCCUCCCCUGGGCCAGGAUGCGGCCUCCAAGGCGUGGCGCAAGAACAAGAUGGACGAGUCGAAGCACGAGAUCCACUCCCAGGUGGACGCCAUCACCGCAGGCACCGCCUCCGUGGUGAACUUGACGGCGGGGGAUCCGGCCGAGACGGACUACACGGCCGUGGGCUGCGCCGUCACCACCAUCUCCUCCAACCUGACGGAGAUGUCCAAGGGCGUCAAGCUGCUGGCGGCCCUCAUGGAGGACGAGGGCAGCAACGGGCGGCAGCUCCUCCAAGCAGCCAAGAACCUGGCCGGGGCCGUCUCGGAGCUGCUGAAGACGGCGCAGCCUGCCAGCGCGGAGCCACGGCAGAGCUUGUUGCAAGCGGCAGGCACCGUGGGGCAGACCAGCGGAGAGCUGCUGCAGCAGAUUGGGGAGAGCGACACUGACCCCCGUUUCCAGAUGGUGGAGCACUGGCGUUCCCGGACCCUGCCCGCCCCUGACCCAAAGACGGACAUGCUGAUGCAGCUGGCCAAAGCGGUAGCCAGUGCUGCUGCCGCCUUGGUCUUGAAGGCCAAGAACGUGGCCCAGAAGACAGAGGACUCGGUGCUGCAGACCCAGGUGAUCGCGGCUGCCACCCAGUGCGCGCUCUCCACCUCCCAGCUGGUGGCUUGCACCAAGGUGGUGGCCCCCACCAUCAGCUCGCCCGUGUGCCAGGAACAGCUCAUUGAGGCCGGCAAGCUGGUGGCCAAGUCUGUGGAGAGCUGCGUGGAUGCCUCUCAGGCCGCGACCUCCGAGGAGCAGCUGCUGAAGCAAGUGGGGGUGGCGGCCACAGCCGUGACUCAGGCCCUCAACGACCUGCUGGAGCACAUCAAGCGGCAUGCCACGGGGGGGCAGCCCAUCGGCCGCUACGACCAAGCCACGGAUACCAUCCUCAAUGUCACCGAGAACAUCUUCAGCUCCAUGGGCGAUGCUGGGGAAAUGGUACGUCAGGCUCGCAUUUUAGCCCAGGCCACCUCCGACCUGGUGAAUGCCAUCAAGGCAGAUGCCGAAGGGGAGACAGACCUGGAGAACUCGCGCAAGCUGCUGAGUGCCGCCAAGAUUCUGGCAGAUGCCACGGCCAAGAUGGUGGAGGCAGCCAAGGGGGCUGCAGCCCACCCAGACAGCGAGGAGCAGCAGCAGCGCCUGCGGGAGGCAGCCGAGGGGCUCCGCAUGGCCACCAACGCCGCCGCCCAGAACGCCAUCAAGAAGAAGCUGGUCCACAGGCUGGAACACGCAGCCAAGCAGGCGGCCGCGGCGGCCACCCAGACCGUGGCCGCUGCCCACCACGCCGCCACGGCCAACAAGAACCCUUCGGCUCAGCAGCAGCUGGUGCAGAGCUGCAAGGUGGUGGCCGAGCAGAUCCCGAUGCUGGUGCAAGGCGUCCGUGGCAGCCAGUCCCAGCCCGACAGCCCCAGUGCCCAACUGUCCCUCAUUGCUGCCAGCCAGAACUUCCUGCAGCCCGGCGGGAAGAUGGUGGCUGCUGCCAAGGCCACGGUGCCCACCAUCUCGGACCAGGCUUCUGCCAUGCAGCUCAGCCAGUGUGCCAAGAACCUGGCCGCGGCCCUGGCCGAACUGCGCACUGCGGCCCAGAAGGCGCAAGAGGCCUGUGGGCCCUUGGAGAUCGACUCGGCCCUCAGCUUGGUGCAGAGCCUGGAGAGAGACUUGCAGGAAGCCAAGGCAGCGGCCCGGGACGGCAAACUGCAGCCGCUUCCAGGGGAGACGAUGGAGAAAUGUGCCCAGGACCUGGGGAACAGCACCAAGGCUGUCAGCUCUGCCAUUGCCCAGCUGUUGGGAGAGGUGGCCCAGGGCAACGAGAACUACACAGGGAUUGCUGCCCGCGACGUGGCGCACGCCCUGCGUUCUCUCAGCCAGGCUGCCCGCGGGGUGGCAGCCAACACGGAAGAGCCUCUGGUGCAGGCGGCCAUGCUGGAGUGUGCCGGCGACGUGAUGGACAAGGCCGGCAACCUGAUUGAGGAGGCCCGCAGGGCAGUGGCCAAGCCGGGCGACCCCGAGAACCAGCAGCGCCUGGCGCAGGUGGCGAAGGCCGUGUCGCAGGCCCUGAACCGCUGCGUGAACUGUCUGCCUGGGCAACGGGACGUGGACGCCGCCAUCCGCACUGUUGGCGAGGCCAGCAAGAGGCUCCUGGCGGGCUCCUUCCCACCCAGCAGCAAGAAUUUCCAGGAGGCGCAGAGUCACCUGAACCGGGCAGCCGCCGGCCUGAACCAGGCGGCCACGGAGCUGGUGCAGGCUUCCCGGGGCACCCCGCAGGACCUGGCCAAGGCCUCUGGCAAGUUUGGCCAAGACUUCCACGAGUUCCUGCAGGCUGGCGUCGAGAUGGCCGGCCAGUCUCCGUCCAAGGAAGCCCAGGCGCAGGUGGUGUCCAACCUGAAGAGCAUCUCCAUGUCCUCCAGCAAGCUGCUGCUGGCCGCCAAGGCGCUUUCGGCUGACCCUGCAGCCCCCAGCCUCAAGAACCAGCUGGCAGCUGCUGCCCGGGCUGUGACCGACAGCAUCAACCAGCUGAUCACCAUGUGCACCCAGCAGGCCCCCGGCCAGAAGGAGUGCGACAAUGCUCUGCGGGAGCUGGAGACGGUGCGAGAGCUGCUGGAGAACCCCACCCAGGCGGUCAAUGACAUGUCGUACUUCAACUGCCUGGACAGCGUGAUGGAGAACUCCAAGGUCCUGGGUGAGGCCAUGGCUGGCAUUUCUCAGAACGCCAAGAACAGCAAGCUGCCGGAGUUUGGCGAGUCGAUCAGCACCGCCUCCAAGGCCCUCUGUGGCUUCACAGAAGCAGCUGCCCAGGCCGCCUACUUGGUUGGUGUCUCCGAUCCCAACAGCCAGGCAGGGCAGCAAGGCCUGGUGGACCCCACCCAGUUCGCAAGGGCCAACCAAGCCAUCCAGAUGGCCUGUCAAAACCUGACUGACCCGGCCUGCACACAGUCCCAGGUCCUGUCGGCUGCUACCAUCGUGGCGAAGCACACCUCUGCCCUCUGCAACACCUGCCGCCUGGCCUCUUCCCGCACGGCCAACCCGGUUGCCAAGCGGCAGUUUGUCCAGUCUGCCAAGGAGGUGGCUAACAGCACUGCCAACCUGGUCAAGACCAUCAAGGCUCUGGAUGGGGCCUUCACCCCAGACAACCGUGAGCGCUGCCGGGAAGCCACAGCCCCCCUCAUUGAGGCCGUGGACAACCUGACUGCCUUUGCCGCCAACCCUGAAUUUGCCACCGUUCCUGCCCAGAUAAGCCCCGAGGGGCGCAGGGCCAUGGAGCCCAUUCUCUCCUCGGCCAAGACCAUGCUGGAGAGCUCUUCGGGCCUCAUCCAGACUGCUCGCUCCCUGGCCGUCAACCCCAAGGACCCGCCCAAGUGGUCGGUGCUGGCCGGGCACUCCCGCACCGUCUCGGACUCCAUCAAGAAGCUCAUCACCAACAUGAGGGACAAGGCGCCUGGCCAGCAGGAGUGCGACGAGGCCAUUGACGUGCUGGCCAAAUGCAUCCGGGACGUGGACCAGGCCUCCCUGGCAGCCAUCAGCCAGCAGCUGGCCCCCCGCGAGGGCAUCUCUCAGGAGGCCUUGCACAACCAGAUGAUCAUGGCUGUACAGGAGAUCAGCAACCUCAUUGAGCCGGUGGCCGGUGCCGCUCGAGCCGAGGCCUCCCAGCUUGGGCACAAGGUCUCGCAGCUGGCGCAGUACUUUGAGCCCCUGGUGCUGGCAGCCGUGGGCACCGCCUCCAAGAUGCUCAACCACCAGCAGCAGAUGAACCUCCUGGACCAGACCAAGACCCUGGCGGAGUCUGCCUUGCAGAUGCUCUACACGGCCAAGGAGGCCGGGGGCAACCCCAAGCAAGCGGCUCACACCCAGGAGGCUCUGGAGGAGGCCGCACAGAUGAUGCGGGAGGCUGUGGAGGACCUCAGCGCCACGCUGAACGAGGCCGCCAGCGCUGCAGGGGUCGUGGGGGGCAUGGUGGACUCCAUCACGCAAGCCAUCAGCCAGCUGGAUGAGGGCCCAGUGGGAGAGCCGGAGGGCACCUUUGUGGAUUACCAGACCACCAUGGUGAAGACUGCCAAGGCCAUCGCUGUGACGGUCCAGGAGAUGGUCACCAAGUCUACCACCAAUCCGGACGAGCUGGGCUCUCUGGCCAGCCAGCUCACCAGUGAGUACGGCCAGUUGGCCCAAGAGGCCAAGCCAGCCGCCAUCACUGCCGAGAACGAGGAGAUUGGCUCCCACAUCAAGAACCGGGUGCAGGAACUGGGCCACGGCUGUGCCGCCUUGGUCACCAAGGCCGGAGCGCUGCAGUGCAGCCCCAGCGAUGCCUACACCAAGAAGGAGCUGAUCGAGUGCGCCCGCAGAGUCUCCGAGAAGGUCUCUCAUGUGCUGGCAGCCCUCCAGGCUGGCAACCGGGGCACCCAGGCCUGCAUCACAGCAGCCAGUGCCGUCUCUGGCAUCAUUGCGGACUUGGACACCACCAUCAUGUUUGCCACAGCUGGGACCCUCAACCGUGAAAAUGCAGAGACCUUUGCUGACCACAGAGAGGGCAUCCUGAAGACGGCCAAGGCACUGGUGGAGGAUACGAAGGUGCUGGUGCAGAAUGCCACCGCCAGCCAGGAGAAGCUGGCGCAAGCCGCCCAGUCCUCCGUCACCACCAUCACCCGCCUGGCUGAGGUGGUGAAACUGGGAGCUGCUAGUUUGGGCUCCGAGGACCCCGAGACUCAGGUGGUUCUGAUCAAUGCCGUGAAGGACGUGGCCAAAGCGCUCGGUGACCUGAUCGGUGCUACCAAGGCGGCGGCCGGCAAGUCGGGGGAUGACCCUGCUGUCUACCAGCUGAAGAAUUCGGCCAAGGUGAUGGUCACCAACGUCACGUCGCUACUGAAGACGGUGAAGGCCGUGGAGGACGAGGCCACCAAGGGGACCCGGGCCCUGGAGGCCACCAUCGAGCACAUCCGCCAGGAGCUUGCGGUGUUCAGCUCCCAGGUGCCCCCAGCCAAGACCUCGACGCCGGAGGACUUUAUCCGCAUGACGAAAGGCAUCACCAUGGCAACAGCCAAGGCCGUGGCCGCCGGCAACUCCUGUCGGCAGGAGGACGUGAUUGCCACGGCCAACCUGAGCCGCCGGGCCAUUGCAGACAUGCUGCGCUCUUGCAAGGAGGCUGCCUACCACCCGGAGGUGAGCGCCGAGGUCCGGCACCGGGCCCUGCACUUCGGCAGGGAGUGCGCCGAUGGCUACUUGGAGCUCUUGGAGCAGGUGCUGGUGAUCCUGCAGAAGCCAAGCCAUGAGCUGAAGCAGCAGCUGGCCGGGUUCUCCAAGCGCGUGGCCGGCUCGGUGACGGAACUCAUCCAGGCUGCUGAGGCCAUGAAAGGAACCGAAUGGGUGGACCCCGAGGACCCCACCGUCAUCGCAGAGAACGAGCUUCUGGGGGCAGCUGCUGCCAUUGAGGCUGCGGCCAAGAAGCUGGAGCAGCUGAAGCCGCGGGCCAAGCCCAAGCAAGCUGACGAGAGCCUCAACUUCGAGGAGCAGAUCCUGGAGGCCGCCAAGUCCAUCGCGGCAGCGACCAGUGCCCUGGUGAAGGCAGCCUCUGCAGCCCAGAGAGAGCUGGUGGCCCAGGGGAAGGUGGGGGCCAUCCCAGCCAACGCCCUGGACGACGGGCAGUGGUCCCAAGGCCUCAUUUCUGCCGCCCGGAUGGUCGCAGCGGCUACCAACAACCUGUGCGAAGCAGCCAACGCGGCCGUCCAGGGCCACGCCAGCGAGGAGAAGCUCAUCUCCUCAGCCAAGCAGGUGGCGGCCUCCACGGCACAGCUGCUGGUGGCCUGCAAGGUCAAGGCUGACCAGGACUCCGAGGCCAUGAAGCGCUUGCAGGCUGCUGGCAACGCUGUCAAGAGGGCAUCGGACAAUCUCGUGAAGGCCGCCCAGAAAGCAGCCGCCUUCCAAGACCACGAGAACGAGACGGUGGUCGUGAAGGAGAAGAUGGUUGGCGGGAUUGCCCAGAUCAUUGCCGCCCAGGAAGAGAUGCUGCGCAAAGAGCGGGAGCUGGAGGAGGCGCGCAAGAAGCUGGCCAUGAUCCGGCAGCAGCAGUACAAGUUCCUGCCCUCGGAGUUGCGGGACGAAGGGCAGAACUGAGCCACCGGCCCGGCUGCCGCUGCCGCCGCCGCCGCCACCCGCUUCCUUAUUUAAGGCCCGCCCUUCCCGAGCACGGACAGGCCAGGCCUCCUCCCGUCUGCAGAGGCCUGCCCGCCACCGCCUGCUGCUGCUGCAUCAGCAACUCCUGCUCACUGCACGGGGGGGGAGCUCCUGCAGCCCCCACUCCACGCUCUGGGUGGCCUUUCUGGGGAGGGGGCGCAGCUGGGCCUGGGGCAAAAGCCCCCCCUUCCCCUUCCUGUCAGGAAACUUCCUUGUGCCUUAGCCCUACAGCCUGUUCUGCUCCGAGGGGGCUCUGGAGGGGUCGGUGCCCCCCCCCCCGAGGAAAGUGGCUGCUUUUGGCAGUGAGUGGGCGGGGGGGGGUCCUUCCUCUCAGGUCUCUCGUGCCUUAAUGGAGCGGGGCUGAGCACCCCCACUCCGGACUGGGGGGGGCAGUCCUCCUCCACAGGUCCUGGGGGGAGAUCCCCUCCUUCCUGCGGGUCUCCUCCCCCCCCACCCCACCCCUGCUGCUGCUGCUGCUGCUCCUUCUUAUUAUUCCCAAGUGCCUUCCUGCACCGGGCCCAGAACCGCCCUGCCUGGGUGCCUGCUCCUGCUCCUGCCACCGCCAGCCUCACCUGGAAGCAGGCUCCCCCCCCCCCCCGCUCACUCGCUCGCUCGCUGUGGCUUCUCACCUUUUGUAAUUUUGAUACACGAUUAAGCCGCUGCCUGUGCAAACUCUCGUCAGGGAACCCCAGGCAGGCAGGGAGGGCUCAGCACCCGGCCUUCCUGGAACAGGCUUGGCUCCAAUAAACUGGUUUCCCUGCAA